AUGAUUAACGAUCCUGUUCAAAAUAAGAAAAUUGCUGUUGCAUUACCUGAGAAUUUAAAAAAAUCUUUAGAUGGUUCAAAUGAACGGUUGAAUAAACAACGUCGUCUAUUAAAUUUAUUAAAAGAUACCAGUAAUAUUCAUGAUGAUAUUAUUGAUAGCGAUUCAUCUUCAACUAUUUAUAAAUGUGAAUCGCGUGAUUCUUUACCAUCUUUACAAGGUUUAGCACUUACGUCAACAAAUACUAGUAUAUCAACAACAGUAACAAAAAAAUACAUCGAUGAUGAUCAUUCAAUAUAUUCUUCUUCUUCUUCUUCUUCAUCUCAUCAUAAUGAUAAUUAUGGUAUUACACUUAAUAAAUCUAUUGUUGAUUUACCUUGGUUACGUCCAAAGACAAGUUUUUCAGGGUAUCAAAUUUCAGGCUAUAAAAGAUAUAAAGUAACAGUAACACUACAUUCUGUUCAAAUGCCAUCAAAUAAUUCAAUGAUGAUAACAACAAAUCCACAUCUAUGUGGAACUUUAACUAUUAAGGGACUGACACAGACAAAUCCACAAAUAAGUACUUUUUUUGAAGGUUUUGCAGUAACAUCAAAUAAUAAUCCAUGUGGAUUUUUAAGUUCAAGUUGGCCUUGUGAUGAUCCACAAUUAGUUCCAAUGACUGCAACAGAUUCGAUAGAUAUGGAACAUUGGCUACAUUUUCCAUCAUUUAAACAAAAAUCUUUAUUAGAUUCACAAAAUGAAUCAUAUAAUGAACAAAGAUAUAUCUAUAUGCGUUGGAAAGAAAGAUUCAUGCUACCUGAUCCAUUUGAAGAUGGUAUUGAAGGUGCAUCAUUUGAUGGGUUUUAUUAUAUUGUUCAUGAUCAACAACUAGGUAUAAUUCAAGGUUUUUAUUAUCAAGAACAAGCUGAAAAAUUUCAACAAUUAGAAUUAGCUCCAACAAAGGAUAGUUCUACAGUCUCGAAUGGAUCAAGUUCUUUUGAAUACGCAUAG